AUGGCUACUACCGCGCCUUCGCAUGGUGCCAGUAGCCAUGAGAUAACGAACGCACAGGCAUCUGGGGAGCAAAAAUAUAUGUCAAAAGCCAGCUGGAAGGUUCUGUUUGGCUUCACCACAACACGCCAUGUGCCAGUAGUACUAUGUGGCCUUCUAUCGACGACCGUCGCCGCCCUCACAAUGCCCGCUUUCGCAGUUCUCUAUGGGCUUGUUUUCGGGCAGUACACCAUGUAUGGCGCUGGGUCAACUGACAGCCAUACGCUAAUGAGCAACAUGACGAGAUACUGUAUAAUACUUGCAGGAAUCUGUACACUCAACUGGAUCGCGAACAGUCUCCAGUACCUUUGCUUCCUUACAUUCAGUGAGCUACAGGUGCGGAGUGCCCGUAAUCGGAUAUUUGACGCGCUCAUCAAGAAAGACAUGGCGUGGUAUGACACGCGCGAAACUGGAACUGCUGCAUUUCUAUCGACACUGCAGGCGCAUAUCCGUGGGUUCAAGCUCUCAGUAUCAUCACCAUUAGGCGAAUUGUGUCAAGCAGUCGUUCAGAGCCUUGCGGCUCUGGGAGUCGCUUUCUACUUUUCUUGGAAGCUAGCACUGGUUGUUAUGAGCAGUAUCCCGUUCCUCUACUUGUUCCUAACACUGAUUGCGAACCGACAAUUAUUUCGAACACGCGAACAGUCCGAAAUGCUCCAGGCUGCACUGAAGUACAUGACAACCGCAAUAUCCAAUAUUGAGGUAAUCAAGAGUCUUAACGGGGAACAGCAUGAACUCCAAAUCUUCGAGAAGACUGCCUGUCUUGCAGCACGCCUCUAUAGACGGGUAGCGAAUUUCCGAUCAAUGCAAAUUGGAAUCAUGCAGUUCUUCACCAUCAGCAUAUUCGUCCAAGGCUUUUGGUACGGUAAAUACCUAGUCGGUAAUGGAGAUGGUGAAGCCUCAGACAUUCUAACUACCUUCUGGUCAGUCCUCAUGGCCACGUCUUCCUUGGCUUCAGUGAUGCCCCAAUUGGUAGUCUUGACCAAGGGCCGCGAGGCUGGUGCCAACCUGGGUAUGCUCAUAGAACAUAACCCCACAUCUGACCAGCAGCUAGAAUUGCAAGGUCAUAUCAAACCUGCUCGGUGUCUUGGCACCAUUGAAUUCAUCACGGUCAAUUUCUCUUACCCUUCUCGCGCAGAAGAGGUAGCACUUCGGGAUGUCUCACUGUUCAUGCCAGCGGGCGAAACGACUUUCGUCAUCGGAAAGAGCGGCUCUGGCAAGAGUACCCUUGGCCAGCUUCUGGUGCGCUUUUACCAUCCCUCCUCUGGCCGGAUACUUCUUGAUGGUGUUCCACUUGAGGAUCUAGAUGUACGAUGGCUACGAAAAAAUAUUACACUUGUGGAGCAGCAUAGUGUGUUAUUCAACGACACUAUCCAUGACAACAUUGCGUUAGGGAAAACAGGCGAGAUACUGCAUAUGCAAGAUGUCCUCGAUGCUAUCAGAUUCGCAAAGAUGGACCUGGUUGUAAAAGGGCUCCCUGACGGACUAAACACCGAACUCGGUUUAAAGGGUGAUUCCAUAAGUGGUGGUCAGAGGCAAAGACUGGCGUUAGCACGAGCAAAGAUCAGGGAUUCGCCCGUUCUGAUCUUAGAUGAGUCUACCAACGGUCUCGACUAUGCUACAAGAGUGGGGAUAUAUGAAGCAAUACGAGAAUGGCGCAGGGGAAAGACGACAAUUAUUUUUACCCAUGAUAUCUCCCAGAUUUUGUCUGAUGACUUCCUCUACCUGUUGGGAGACGGCAGAGUAAUACAAGAGGGAUACAGAAAGGAGCUUGAGGCUCAAGGAGGGCUAUUUCAAACCUUCCUUGAGCCACAUGGAGAAGAAGAGGAGCAGCUUUUCAGUGAUGCUGAUGGCGACAGAUGCGCAGAAGAUAUUAAAACGAAUAAGCCACCGAGAUAUGGUACACAAACAACUCAACAUUCCUUUACUGGGUGGCGAAAUUCCCAGGUAUCAACUCGUCGAAAAGGGUUGCUAGAUGCAAGAUCUUUCUUAACAAAAGAAAUCGACUUAGGAUCAGGAGAUGUGGUACUGGAGCGGCUCCCAAGGUUUGAUACAGAUGAGUGGAAAGCUUAUCUUCCAAAAGAAGUCGGAUUACGACCAAACUCCAUACUCUUAGUGCAACACACAUCGCCUACGAGCCAGUAUCCGCAGCCUCUUCAAACAUCCAGUCCGAUGCCUGCACGGCCAGAGACACCAAAACAACAACGAAAGUGUAGCCAUAUUCUCUCUCGACUUCGACUUUCGCGUCACAAGAAGAAUGCGUCAGACAAACCUCCCACCUCAACAGAAUCACUUUCCCUAGAAGAAAUCUUUGCAUCAGUCUGGCCCGCAAUAACUUGGCGCUCCCGCAUACUUACCUUUGGUGCUCUCGUGUGUACCAUCAUCCACUCGGCCUGUACUCCAGUCUUUGCCUGGGUCUUCGCACAACUCCUCAGCACAUUUCAAGAGUCCGCCUCUCAAAGCCGUAACAAAGCGCGUAACUACGCCCUCGCAAUCCUUGGUAUCGCUACUGCCGACGGUCUCUCAAAAUACUUGAUGUUCUUCCUUUCAGACGCAGUAGCACAAGCCUGGAGCUUAUCACUGAAAAGAGAAGCUCUGCGUCGGAUUCUGCUACAACCGCGCGAAUUUUUUGACAAGGAAGAGAAUAGCACAUCUCGCCUAACCGAAACACUCGACCACUUUGCCGAGGAAGCGAGGAAUCUGCCCGGAAGAUUCGCCUGCAUAUUCCUUGCCAUGGUACUCAUGGUAGCAAUCUCCAUCUCAUGGAGUAUGGCUAUUUCAUGGAAACUAGCGCUUGUAGCGCUUGCGAUGGGCCCUAUACUCUUUACAAUCACAAAUUGCAACAACAUGAUCAGCAAUCACUGGGAGAAGCUAUCUAGCGAGGCCGAAGACAAAGUAGGAAAGGUGAUGCACGAGACGUUCGUGAAUAUCAGAACAGUCCGGUGUCUGGGGCUAGAAACCCAUUUUCGGAAGAAGUAUCGCCAUGCAACGACCGAAGCGGUCAGGCUAGGUAUGAAGCGCGCCCUCUAUUCUGGGUCCAUCUUUGGUUUGGCAUUUACGGGCGUCAUAUUUGUGGCUAUUCUGCUGUACUGGUACGGCGCACUGCUCAUGUCGAGGAACGAGUAUACGGCGAGCAAAGUCAUGGAAUGCUUCUUGAUACUCAUGCUGAGCGUCAAUUACAUCAGUUCUCUGGCCCAGUACAUCACUCAGAUCAACAUCUCAAGAGACGCCAGCACACGACUACUCCGCCUGGCUCGACUUCCUAUGGACUCCCAUGAAGCAGCAGGAAGCCUACCAAUCCAAUCCAUCACGGACAUCAACUUCAAAAACGUAAACUUCACAUACCCAUCUCGCAAAGACACUCGAAUCCUCCACAACCUCACCUUCCCCAUCCCCCAUGGAUCCUGCACCGCCAUCGUCGGAUCCUCUGGCUCCGGCAAAUCCACAAUCGCCUCCCUCCUCCUCAACCUCUACCAGGCCGACACCGACACCACAAACCCCACAAGCGGCCUCUGGCUCUCCUCCCAAAACAUCUCUACCAUAUCCACCCCUUCCCUCCGCUCCCGCAUAGCCCUCGUCCCCCAAUCUCCCGUCCUCUUCCCGGGUACAAUCGCUCAAAACAUAACAUACGGCUUAUCCCCUUCCGCCCCGGAAACAAGCCCAGCCUCCAUCCGCGCCGCAGCCCACGCAGCAGGCCUCUCCGACUUCAUAGAUAGCCUAGCAAACGGCUACAACACGCUCGUCGGUGCGGGGGGCACCACGCUAUCCGGCGGCCAAACCCAGCGUCUCGCCAUUGCACGCGCCCUUGUGCGCAACCCCGACGUCUUGAUUCUCGACGAGGCAACCAGCGCGCUCGACGUCUCGUCUAUGAACGUGAUUCGCGAGACGGUCAUGCGGCUUGUGGGGCGGAAACGCGUCAGUCCUGCUAGGAGUAGUAGCGGUAGCACUACGGGUUCUGCAUCUGCUGGGUUGUCCGAAUACUAUGUGCAGAGUGGUGAGCUGGGUACAAGCGCGACGUCAUUUGGUGGGCUGGAUAAGGGGAAGGAGGAGAGGAAGCGUAUGACGGUUGUUGUGAUUACGCAUGCGAGGGAAAUGAUGGCGGUUGCGGAUCAUGUUGUUGUGAUAGAGCAGGGGAGGGUGGUUGAGCAAGGGGGUUUUCAGGAGUUGAAGUGGAAGAGGGGGUCGGCUCUUGAGAGGGUGUUGAGAGGGGAGGUGGUGUAG